CCAAUCGAGACUCGUUUCCAGUGUAGCCAACUUGACGUACAUGACAAAAAAAAUCAUGGAAGCCAUCUUUCUUUCUCUAAAAAUUGUGCUCGCACUAAAGACGUGUUUAGGUACUUUUUUAGUAUUUUAACAGAUCCUUCAAAAUGUCUGGAACAACAGCCACAAUUCGUACCCGAAAAUUCAUGACAAACCGCCUGCUCUGCAGGAAACAAAUGGUUUGCGAUGUUCUCCAUCCCGGAUUAGCGUCCGUCAACAAGAAGGACAUCCGCGAGAAGCUCGCUAGCAUGUACAAAGUUACCCCAGACGUGUGUUUCGUCUUCGGUUUCCGCACCAACUUCGGAGGCGGUCGUUCCACCGGAUUCGGUCUGAUCUACGAUACCUUGGACUUUGCCAAGAAAUUCGAACCCAAGCAUCGUCUGGCUCGUCACGGUCUCUUCGAACAGAAGAAGCAGACCCGCAAGCAACGUAAGGAACGCAGAAACAGGAUGAAGAAGGUCCGUGGUACCAAGAAGGCUAAGGUCGGACAAGCCGCCAAGAAGUAGACGAGUUGAAAACGUAUGAAUAAUUGUUUCUAUGAUAUAGGAAUAUGAUUUGCGUUUUGAAAAAAAUUAAAAUUUUAUAAAAAAUAAAAAAACUAACUAAAAGUAGAUUUUGUUAAAA